CCAUCCAUGCAAGCCAACAUCCACGACUACUACAGCGACAACUUCAUCCUAAUUGACCUGAGCAAACGUCGCCUUCGCGACGUUGCCACUGUCAAUGAAGCACUCGAUGAAGUUCUUCCCAGAGUGAACAAGGAGCUUACACUAGCGGCAAGGAAGGAUGAGGGAGUGGAAGAGGAAAAGGAAGCGAAGCAGAGGGAUUAUAGCGUGAUUGGGAUUAAUAUGGCGUAUAAUGAGAUAGAUUUUGUGAUGGAGGGGGAGAAUAGGGAUAAGUUGAUAGAGAUAGUGAUUGAAAGGGUCCAGAGAGUGUUUAGUGAGGCAAAUGAGGGGGUGAAAGAGGAGGAUGUGCCUAUUAGGGAGAUUUAUCUGUCGGUUAAUGAUAUUGAAGAGAUUCCUCCAUGAUUGACGAUGGUAAAGAACACACUUGAGAAGCUUAUUCUUAGCAGGAAUGCGAUAAAAUGGGCUGAAAGCAGUGAGACUCUAAAAUCUCUUGUUAAUCUCAGACACCUUGAAUUGCAAGGAAAUUUGAUAAAACGCAUCCAAUAUGAAGACAUAAAUGCACUCGAGAAACUUGAAUAUCUAUCUCUUUCAUGAAACAAACUAGAAACUGUAGAAGGAAUGCCUGAGUGGCCAAAUCUCAAGUUCCUCGGGCUUUUUGGUAAUUACUUAGGAGAAGAAUAUGAUGAACCAAAUCCAGAAUUUGUAUAGAUAAAUUCAUUCAUCCACUAAAUCUUUCAAUAUAA